AUGUGGGGAAUCAAAGACCCGGAAAAGAAGCUGGUGGUGAAGAUUGACUUCUUCAUUCUAUCCUUCUGCUGCGUGACGUAUUUCUUCAACUACUUAGAUCGCUCCAACCUAUCCAAUGCCUAUGUCUCGGGUAUGAAAGAGGAGUUGGCCUUUCAUGGCAAUCAACUCAAUGUGAUCAAUACCGUCUUUACGGUGGGGUACAUUAUAGGCCAGGUCCCAUCCAACUUGGCCUUGACAUACUUCCGCCCACGGAUCUUCUUCCCCGCGAUGGUCCUGUUUUGGGGUGCCUUGACUAUGGUGACCGCAGCUGUACAUAAUCCCCAGGGCAUCAUGGCCAUUCGCUUCUUCCUUGGACUUGCCGAAGCUAGUACCUUCUCGGGGACUCAUUAUAUCCUCGGCUCAUGGUAUACCGAGCGGGAACUGGGCAAACGCAGCGGCAUAUUUACAGCGUCGGGGCUCGCAGGAACCAUGUUCGGCGGGUUCAUUCAAACCGGUAUUCAUUCUUCCUUGGAUGGAGUCAGAGGCCUGUCAGGAUGGCGAUGGCUCUUCAUCAUCGAUGGCUUGAUUACCUUUCCCAUAGCCAUCUACGGCCUGCUAUUAUUCCCCGACACCCCAACCACUACAACAGCUCCCUACCUAACAGCAGCAGAAAAGGAGCUAGCGGUGUCACGUCUGCCAACAGUCAAUGCUAACCGUGCACCCGUGAACCGAGCCUUUCUCAAACAACUCUUCACGACAUGGUACUGGUGGGGAUUCGUCAUCCUGUGGGUCAUUGCGGGAGAGACUGAAUCCUUCUCCUCAAACUCGCUUCUAGCAUUGUAUAUGAAAGCCCAUCCAACAAUCCACUAUACCGUGUCCCAGUUAAACAACUAUCCGACCGGUGUCCCAGCAGUUGGCAUUGUCUCGACUCUCUUCUGGGCCACGCUCACCGAUGUCCUGCAAGGAAAGCGAUACCUCGUCAGCUACUUCAUCGGCAUCACCGGUGUUGUUACUUCCGUCUUAAUCCUGACCCGCUUCGACUCCACAGCAACCGUGUUCGGGGCUUACUACUGGGCCGGAGCUGUGUAUGCGUGCCAGGCGACGUUCUUCGCCUGGUGUAACGAUGCGAUGCGAUCGCAGGAUGCACGACAGCGGUCGGUGGUGAUCGCCAGUAUGAAUAUGGGCAAUAACGCAGUCAAUGCCUGGUGGAGUAUAAUUUUCUAUUCGGCGAAUCUAGCACCCCGGUUCACGCGGGGAAUGUGGGCGAUGAUCGGGUGCUCGAUUGCGUUGGUCCUCUGGACGACGGCGAUCGUAUGGAGGACAGCCAAGGAGGAGAGACGAGGAUAUAGAGUAGAAGAGCCUGACAGGGGGGUCACCAAGGACGAUUGA